AGUGUACUGAGAUGGAUCCCAUCCUGGAGGAGGUCCUGAGUGGGGCCAACACUACUGGAGGCCCCUCCCUGAACCACAGCAACAACCCCCUGGAUGUGUUCUCUGGCAUGCAGCUGCUGCUGCGCUUCAAGCCCCUCUUCCUGCCCCUUUACUGCCUUCUGGUGGCCGUGGCCGGCAUAGGCAACUCCAUCCUGCUGGCCUGUAUCCUGGCUGACAAGAAGCUCCACAAUGCCACCAACUUCUUCAUCGGUAACUUGGCGGCCGGCGACCUGCUGAUGUGUCUGACCUGUGUCCCUCUAACUGCCUCGUACGCUUUCGACAGCCGCGGCUGGGCCUUCGGACGCCCUCUCUGCCACCUGGUGCCACUGCUGCAGGCCGCCACCGUCUUCGCCUCGGUGCUGUCCCUCACGGCCAUCGCUGUGGACCGCUACGUGGUGGUGGCCCACCCAGUGAGGAGGAGGAUCUCUGUAGGGGGCUGUGGCGCGGUGGCUCUGGGUGUGUGGGGGUUGUCUCUGGCCCUGGCUGCCCCUCCCUCCCUCCACACGCGUUACCUUGACCUGAGGCCGCGCGGGGUGGAGCUGGUGGUGUGUGAGGAGUUCUGGCCGAGCUCUGGCCAGCUCAGGCUGCUCUACUCCUGCUGUAUCCUGGUAGCCUCCUACAUGAUCCCUCUGCUGUCAGUCAGCGUGUCGUACUGUGCCAUCACAGUGCACCUGAGACGCCACACGCUGCCCGGAGAGCCCUCACACUGCCAGCAGCGCUGGAGCCAGAGGAGGAGGAAAACCUUCUCUCUCCUGGUGGCGUCUGUGCUUGCCUUUGCCCUCUGCUGGCUGCCCCUGCAGGUGCUGAACCUGCUGCUGGACCUGGACCCAGACUACCACAUCGUGGACAAGCGCUAUGUCAAUGUGCUGCAGGUGUGCUGCCACCUGGUGGCCAUGAGCUCCGCCUGCUACAACCCCUUCAUCUACGCCUCCCUGCACAGUAAGGUCUGGCUGCACCUCAAGGGCUACCUGUGCCCUUACUGCCGCCAGGGGCCCCCAGGGGGCCAGCUCCUCUCCCGCUCCACCUCCCGGAACCCGGCCACCUGCCUCAGCCUGCUCUCUGAGGUCUCCGCCCCCGCCAAAGAGACCCCAGGAGCCGUCGCUUCUGAGUCCGACCCCACCAACGACAGCACCCUCUGAAAACAUCAGGAACCACAGUAUGGUUUAUAGGUAGGGGUCAAAGGUCAUUACAUAUAUCUCAUAGACGCGGGUGUCCAGCGGGUGUCCAGCCAGACACCCGCUGUAGGAGCAGGGAGGAGGGGGAGAAUGAGGAGAGACAGUGUGACAGAGGUUUUAGACUGCUCUGGAGACCGUCAACCCUCUGGAUCGUUCGUUCUAUUUGCCUUGGGUGUCACUACAUAAGCCCUACUGCCAAAGACGAUGAGCAGGUCUCCCAGCUAUUGCGAGGCAGAGAGUGUAAACACUGUCACGACCGUGGGCUGGGAUGCAGGUCUGGCAGCGGCAGAGGGGGAGAUGACCCUUCUCUGAACUCCUCACUCUCCAAAUGGAUUACACACUAAACGGAGGAGGACGGCAGGGCAAAAACAGUCUGCAAAGACAGCUCGCUCUUUUCUUUUGUUCCGUCAUUCCACUAUGCUUUUGCCUGAUUUUGAAAUCUUUCAUACUUUCUCUCCCUCUUUUUAAUCUCUCUUUCCCGAUUUAUUUCAAUGUA